CCUCAUUGUGAGUCAGUCAUUCUCCAGUUUUUUUUAAUUUUUUUGCCUUUUGUUUUUGGGGCGAACAAGAGCCCGAGGAAUUUAAGUCUGAAGAGAACUGUGAGAGGUAAAUUGAAUAGUCGAAGAGAAUGGAAAGGAUGAACUUUGUGAAGAAUGGAGUUUGCAGAUUGCCUCCUGGAUUUAGGUUCCAGCCAACAGAUGAAGAGCUCGUGUUUCAGUACUUGAAAUGCAAGGUUCUUUCAUGUCCACUGCCUACAUCAAUCAUUCCUGAAAUCAAUGUCUGCAACUACGAUCCUUGGGAUUUGCCAGGUAACUGUGAAGAGCAAGAGAGGUACUUCUUCAGUUACAAAGAAGCGAAAUACAGAAAUGGUAAUCGCAUGAACCGAAACACCAAGCCUGGGCAUUGGAAGGCAACCGGUUCAGAGAAGAAAAUAUCAUCCCCAACCAAUAAUAAUAAAAAUAAUAAUUGCAGUUUUUCUGGGGUAAGAAAAACCUUAGUUUUUUACGAAGGGAAGACUCCAAACGGCUUCAGAACUAACUGGGUGAUGCACGAAUAUCGCUUGUCAUUGCAGAAACCAGUGAGCAAGUAUUUGCAGAAUCAUGGGAGCGAGGUGGGAGAUUGGGUUCUGUGUCGGAUAAGCAUGAAGACGAGAAGCGAAGGUAGUGAGGUGGGGGAAAGAAGAUUGUUUUAUUUUACGAGGGAACUCCAUUAUUCUGACCCGUCAUCGUCUUGUUCCAGUUCAAGCGACAUCACAGAGGUGGUUUCACGCGUAGCAGAUCAUGAAGAAACAAGUGCCUGUAGUACUAUAAUCUUGACUUUUGAACAUUAA